AUGGCGGAAGGUUCUCCAGCCUCCUCCGCUACGACUACAAGCGGUCAGAAUGCGCCGCCGAAAGCUCCUCCGCGGCCGCCAAACCCGGCAUUCAAGAUGCUCGGGUUACCUAAUUUUCGCUUCAAAUUGCCUUCGCGGAAUUGGAUGAUCUUCCUUACGAUCACGGGCUCCUUUACCGGUGCGCUCAUCUAUGAUCGCCGACAGAAGAAGCGCGCACAGCAGAAAUGGUCUACCUUGGUCGCCCAUAUCUCUAAGGAGACCCUGCCUGUGGAACAGAUGCGGAGGAAAUUGACGGUGUUCUUGUCAGCACCCCCGGGAGACGGCCUCCGGGUGGCCAGGGAGUACUUUCAAGAAUAUGUCAAGCCGGUGCUGGUUGCCGCCGCGGUGGACUAUGAAGUGAUUGAAGGAAGAAAAGAGGGGGAUGUCCGAGCCGGGCUGGCAGAGAAAAUCCGAUGCAUCAGACGAAAGGCUGGCGAGCGAAGCACUGUGGUCGAAGAGCAGAACGCGGAUACUGCCAUCGCGGAGAUCCGGCAAAGGAUGGGUGUCCACGACGAGCCUGGCCCACGUGGGGAUAUAGUUAUUGGACGUCAUACAUGGAAGGAAUAUAUUCGAGGUCUUCACGAAGGCUGGCUUGGCCCCUUAGACCCUCCACCACCACCUCCUCCAGUCGCAGAGCCAGCCCCGGACGCCAAGGAACAAGAAACGAAGACUUCAGAUGAUGCCUCUCCUACGUCAGAAAAGAAAGAUUCAGCCGACUCAAAGGAAGAGAAAAAGUCAGAAGAAGCGUCCAAACCAAAGGGUCCCACUCCCGCGUACAUCUCGCCGGCCGAAUAUUCCUCCCGAAGUCUCCCUGCCACCAUCCCGUCCACUUUUGAAGCCUCCUCGCCGAUUCCUUUCCCGCACAUUCUUGGAUUUCUAAACACUCCAAUCCGCAUCUACCGCUUCCUUACGCAGCGCUAUCUCGCAGACAGCGUGGGACGAGAGGUGGCCGCCGUUGUCCUCGCCGCCUCCACCCGACCGUAUCAAGACGGUUCUUACAGCACUGACUCCGAGCUCGGUGCUACUACGGACGGCUUCUCAUCGCAACCUGUCUCUUCCGACCUCUCUUCCAGCCCAUCCGCACGGGCAUACGAGCAACAAACCGCCCUCGAACACGAAGAAGAAGAGUGGCACAAAUCCGUCCGCAAAGCCGCGAAAAAGAGCGAAGAGGACAAGAACAACAAGAACAGCAACAACCAGGAGCAGCAAAGGCAAGAACGAGAAUGGCUCGACGACGUCGUUCUCGACCCGCGCAUCGCCUCCCGAAUGCGUCGCUACGUCCUGCCUCCGGAGGAAGAGGCGCGCGCGGAGCGAAUCGCCGAAGGCAAGGAAUGGAUCCUGGGCCAAGGGGAGCGACCCAAACACGUUCCUCUCUGGAAGCGCCUGUGGAUCGAGUACGGCUACGGUGAAGAUGAAGAGCAGGCGAAGAGGAAGCCUAUCAUCGGCAACCUCGACAAUGAGGAUGGGGAAUGA